CCCAGAGCUCCAUGUGCACACUCUGAGAGCUCCAGCCUCAAUAGAAAAGGGAAAAUGGAAGCCUGGUCCUUCUCUACGCUGUGGAAAGCCUCUGAUCCGACUCUGUUCCAAAUGACCUUGGUCACUGUUUUGUUCACUACUGUUGUAGGUGAUUGUGGUCCUCCUCCCAGUUUAUCGUUUGCUUCGCCAAUAACCGUGUUGUAUGAUACGGCUUUCAAAACUGGAACUGUCCUGAAAUAUACCUGCCGCCCUGGCUACCGUAGAGUCAGUUCAAGUCAGGUUGCUUGUAAUGUUGACGGCUCAUGGAAAUAUAGUAUCUUUUGUGCCAGGAAGCAAUGUAGUAACCCAGGAGACUUAACCAAUGGGAAAGUGGAAAUUAAAUCAGGUCUUCUCCUUGGUUCAACCAUAGAAUUCAGCUGCUCAGAGGGAUUUAUCUUAGUUGGGUCAGCCACUAGCCAGUGUGAGAUCCGAGGUAAAGAAGUUGACUGGAGUGAACCUUUCCCACUAUGCGUAAUUGUCAAGUGCGAGUCCCCUCCACACAUCAGCAAUGGGAAGCACAAUGGUGGAGGUGAAGAGAUCUACACAUAUGGGUCUUCAGUCACCUACACCUGUGACCCCAACUUCUCACUCUUAGGCGAAGCCUCCAUUUCCUGCACAGUGGAGAAUAAAACAAUAGGUGUCUGGAGCCCAAGCCCUCCUACUUGUGAAAAAAUUAUCUGUCACCAGCCACACAUUCCAAAGGGAUUUUUUAUCUCUGGAUUCAGGUCCUUCUAUACAUACAAAAACUCUGUUGUGAUUAACUGCAAGAAAGGUUAUACCCUCAUAGGCAGCAGUGUAAUCCACUGUGAGGCUGAUGACAAGUGGUAUCCUUUUAUUCCCUCUUGGGAACCCAAUGGUUGUACUGACAUUCCAGACAUUCCCUUUGCUUACUGGGACAGAACUGACUACCACCUAAGGGACCAAAAAAUAUAUAAAAUUGGUACUGAAUUGAAAUUUCAGUGUAAGCCUGGCUAUAGCCCUGUUCUAAAUGAGCCUCUAACAGCGACUUGUCAGGAAAAUUUGACAUGGACGCCUUCCAAUGAGUGUGAGAGGGUUUGCUGCUCAAUACCGGAUCUGGAGAAUAUCACAAUCAUACACGAAACAAAAGAUUUCUCUGGUAAAUGUGUCUAUGCCAACGGAAACUAUAUUUCAUACAUAUGCGAUGAAGGUUAUUACCCUGUUUCUACGGGUGGAAAAAGUUCAUGCCAUGCAGACGGCGCGUGGAAGCCUAAAAUGCCAGCGUGUGAGCCAGCCCUGUGUCUGCAACCAGAGAUUGAAAAUGGAAUGCCGUCUGUGGCUAAGAAUCACUAUGUUGAACCUGAAAAUGUCACCAUCCAAUGCAGAUCUGGUUAUGAUGUGGUUGGUCCCCAAAGUAUCACUUGCUCAGAGAACAGAACCUGGUACCCAAAGCUGCCCACGUGUGAGAGGGAGGUUUCUAAAGACUGUGACCAAGUGCUUGAAGGCAAACACCUCAUGCAGUGUCUCCCAAACCCGCAGGACGUGAAAAUGGCCCUGGAGGUGUAUAAACUGUAUCUGGAGAUUGAGCAGCUGGAACAAGAGGGAAACAUGCUGAUGAACAACUAUCGGAAGUUUUCUAAAAAGAAAAAAAGCUUUCAGUGGCACGGCCUACCUCAGUUCAGCAUAAGGAAGCCGGUCCUUCGCGUUCUCUGUGCACCGUACACACCGCCUGCAACUGCCCUCAGCACAGAGCAGGCGUUGCAUGAGCUGCCCACGCCGGUCCCUGCAAAGGGCAGGUCAGGGGGCGCGUGGAGGCUCAGCCGCGCGCACCCACCGCCGCCGCCUGGAGCGCGGGUCCCCACACGGGUGUCAGACUCUGCUCCUGGGAAGCUGCGGUCAAAAGCUUUGCACCCGGAACCCCGCAGCCCUCCCCAGACCCUGGGCGCGCAGCCCGGCGACGGGUCUUGCUCCUCCGCGCCGCGCUGCCGUCACUUCCAUUCUCUUCCAGAUCGCGCCUGGUUUCUAGAAGCCCUCGGGAGGAUGGCGGCCUCGUCCCCCAGGAGCCCGGAGCCGGUCCCCUCCUGCUGCGGAGGCGCCCUCCUGGCGGCGCUGGUGCUGCUGGCGCUGCCGGCGGCCUGGGGUGAGACGCGGGCGGGCGGGCGGCCCCGGCUGUGCUGCAGCGGGCGGGGCGGGGAUCGCCGCGUCCCGGGGACCCUGCUUGUCUCUGGGUCGGGCCCCCAUCGGCAGGGGCUCCGCCACGCCGCGGCCGCAAAUUCUCUUUGCCCUGAGCCCACAGUACCAGGGGGAUACAGAGAAAAAGGAUCUAGGCCACCAUACAGGCAUGGCAAUUCUGUGACAUUUACGUGUAAAGCCAACUUCACCAUGAAAGGAAACAAAUCUGUCUGGUGCCAAGCAAAUAAGACGUGGGGGCCGACACCCCUGCCCACCUGCGAGAGCGAAAUCACCUGCCCACCACCCCCUGUCAUCUACAAUGGGACACACACAGGAAGUUCCUCAGAAGACGUUCCAUAUGGAACCACGGUCACUUACACAUGUAACCCCGGGCCGGAGAGAGGAGUGGAAUUCAGCCUCAUUGGGAAGAGCACCAUCCAGUGCAUAAGCGAUGAUCGAGAGAGAGGCACCUGGAGUGGCCCUGCUCCUCUCUGUAAACUGUCCCUCCCUCCUAUCCAGUGCUCACAGGCCCAUGUUGCAAAUGGGUACAAGAUAUCUGGCGAGGAAGCCCCGUAUUUCUACAAUGACAGUGUGACAUUCAAGUGUAAUGAUGGAUUUACUUUGAAAGGCAGUAGUCAGAUUCGUUGCAAAGCCAAUAAUACCUGGGAUCCUGAAAUACCACUUUGUGAAAAAGAUUGCAGGUUUCCUCCUAGCAUUGCCCAUGGACAUCAUAGACGGGUUACUUCAUACAUUAUUCCCAAAGAUGAGUUUAUAUACGAAUGUGAUGAAGGAUAUACUCUGGUCGGACAGGCAAAACUCUCGUGCAGUUCUUCAGGCUGGUCACAUCCAGCUCCUCAAUGCAAAGCUCUGUGUGUGAAGCCAGACAUAGUACAUGGAAAACUGUCUGUGGAUAAGAGACAAUAUGUUGAAUCUGAACAGAUCACCAUCCAUUGUGAUUCUGGCUAUGGUGUGCUUGGUCCCCAAAUUAUCACUUGCUCAGAGAACAGAACCUGGUACCCAGAGGUGCCCACGUGUGAGUGGGAGGUUCCUGAAGGCUGUGAGCACGUGCUUGCAGGCAGAAACCUCAUGCAGUGUCUCCCACGCCCAGAGGAUGUGAAAAUGGCACUGGAGUUGUACAAGCUGUCUCUGGAGAUUGAACUACUGGAACUACAGAGAGACAAGGAGAGACUGUCCACUCUGGAGUUAUCACCAUAA